CCCCCCCCGCCCCCCCGGGUGUGAUGAAGGCGGUGAGCCCGGGUCGGCGCCCCCCGGGGCGCCGGGCCCCCGCGGGCUUGGUCGGGGAGCUGGGCCGAAGGGGCCUGGCCGAGCCCGGGCCCGGCGCCCGCAAGCCGGCGGGCUCCCCGGAGGAGGCGGCGGCGGCGGCGGAGGAGGAGGCGGCGGCGGCGGCCAACCUGUGCUUGCAGUGCGACAUGAACGACUGCUACAGCCGGCUGAGGAAGCUGGUGCCCACCAUCCCGCCCAACAAGAAGGUGAGCAAGGUGGAGAUCCUGCAGCACGUCAUCGACUACAUCCUGGACCUGCAGCUGGCCCUCGACACGCACCCGGCGCUGCUCCGGGCCCCGACGGCCCCCGACGGGACCCACGGCCCCCAAAGGACACCCCUCACCGCCCUCAACAACGACCCGUCCGGGCCAGUUAACAAGCAAGGGGACAGCAUUCUGUGCCGCUGAGCCGCCCUCCAGGUGUGCGGCAGGCAGAGCCAAAGGAGCCCGGAGAGACGAAUUAGGGGGGGAAGGGGGAAGGGGAGGGGGUGCAAGAAGGCAGCCAUCGGAGGGGAGCGGCUAAGACGUGCCCCCCAUCCAUUCUGGGAGAGGACCCGGGCCAUCCGACCCAUCCAGAGGGAUUUUUCCCGCCCCCACCCGCCACGUACGUGCCGUCCUUCCAUCCCUGCCACUCGGAAAAAUCCGGGUAGUCCCGGGCAGCGGGGGCGGAAAGAGGGGUGGGCAUCUUGGCACCCGGAAAACUGGGACCCGAGAGAUUGCUGGGGGCGGAAGGGAGGGUAGGCCCCAUGAAGAAGAAGAAGAAAUCCAACUUGAGCCCACUCUUCAGUGCGACCGAGAAGUCGAUUUUUUUUCCCCGAAGCUUUACUAAUCUACCAGAGCGUUGUAGAUGACUUUUUUUUGUGGGGGGAAGAGGGAGGCGGGGAGGGGACGUCUAUUGUUUAAAAUAGAUGACUAUACUGGGGCUAGGGAGGGAGAUUGUUUCCCUCCGCAAGAAUGUUACAUACUGUAUAGAUUGAGUGACAUUUCAUACUGUGUAUAUAGAGAGAUGUUCUAUAAGCGUGAGGAAAGUAUACGCUUCAAUAGACUACUGUAAUUAUAAGAUAUUUUUAAUUAAAUAUUUUUUUUUUGUAAAUAUUACGAGCGUGCUUUUUUUUAAGAUGUGGGAACGUUUCUUUUGGAAGGUUGGGUUUCGGCUCGGCGACGGAGCUGCCCAGACGAAAAAGUACCUUGAGUGUCUUCGGUUUUGGUUUAUUUUCGGUUCGCCCAGCUCGGAAGUUAACGAUUAGAGCUCGUCGUCCUGCAUGGCUGCAUGAGAUGUUUCGUGGCAAAUAAACUUGUCCUGAGUCCA